AUGUUGCUGAUCAUCUGGAGUGGAGACGCCGUUAUCGACACAGAUUACAAUUCCUUUGAAGACGAGCAUACAUCGAUGAUGAAGAUUUCACAUUCGUCGGAACGUCGGUAUAAGACGAAUCGCUAUAGAGUAACUGAUUCUCGAAGCUCGUUGUGGAAUAAACUAAUAGAUUUCAGAAACUGCACAAGGGAUACAGAUAUUAUUGAUCAGUUGCUAAACGGAACUGGUUACAAUAAAUUUCGUAUACCAGAAGACGAUGGGAUGACAGUCUACGUGGAGAUUUGGAUCCAAGCAAUCACAUCGAUUAAUGAACUCACCAAUGACUUUGAAAUGGACAUCUAUAUCACUGAAAAAUGGCUGGAUCCAGCAUUAAACUUUGAGAAUUUGUCACCAUGUAAAGGCAAUCUUUCGCUGAACCACCAGGUUUUGGAUCGUUUAUGGACUCCAAAUAGUUGCUUUGUAAAUAGUAAAAUUGCACAGAUACAUGAUUCACCAUUCAGAAGUGUUUUUCUAAUGUUGUUUCCCAAUGGCACUGUAAUGGUCAACUACCGAGUACGGGUGAAGGGACCAUGCUCACUGGAACUCAGCAAUUUUCCUCUAGAUCUUCAAACAUGUGGAUUAAUCUAUGAAAGUUUUAACUACAAUAAUCAAGAGGUUCGAAUGCGUUGGUCUAAUAUCGAUGAGCCUGUUAGACCAAUGGCUCCAAUUGUUUUACCAGAUUUCGACCUCUUCAAAAUAACGGCGAAUCGUAAAGAAGAGGUUCGUUUUCAUUCAAUAGUUUUCUCUCAUUCCAUGAUUAUACUUGCGUUAACACAGCACACUUGUGGACAAGCAUUCAGCUCAUACCAGCGCUUUCAGCCAUAUCCAGCCGGCAUGUGGGACGAGCUGCAUGUGAUGAUUAUGUUCGAACGACGGUUCAUUUGGUUUUUUAUGCAGGCAUAUUUACCGACGUAUCUUACAAUUUUUAUCAGGAUGAAGAAUUCCAGCUGGGUGUCGUUCGCCUUGGGACCACGAGCGAUUCCUGCACGAACUAUGCUCGGUGUCAAUGCUCUGCUAGCUAUGAUUUUUCAAUUCGGCAACAUCAUGCGAAAUCUUCCACGGGUUUCCUACAUCAAAGCAAUAGAUGUUUGGAUGCUUGUAUCGAUGACGUUCAUAUUCUGCACCUUACUUGAGUUAGCUAUAGUUGGCUACAAAGUCCGAGAUGAAAGCAAAGUGAUCGGUAGAGGAAAUGCCAAAAAAACAAAAGCAUUAUCGGAAGGCUCUCCGCGAGGGAAUUCGUUGUACGAAAAACGUUUCAUGUUUCCACCUGGGUGUAGUCCGACUCGAGCUGUUACGAAGGUCCGUUCCAAUACCCUUCACUAUUUUACACCUUUAACACUUUUCUCGUGUUUUAAGACAGGGCUUGAAAAAAUUCCAAGGUUUAGUACCAUAAACAAUGAUAACAAUAACUCCGAAAUUCCUGAUUGCAGUCCCACACAUCAUGGCCGCCAGAAAAGAUCGACUCGAUAUCAAGCGUCAUGUUCCCGCUCAGUUUUUUUGUGUUCAAUGUGA